AAAAGCACCAUUCCCUUGCAAAAUAGACACAAUUAUAGUUGAUCCGGAGCUAAUUUACACUGUUGCCACCUCUUCUUUGCAAACACAUCAAACUUGAUUGUUUUGCCCAAUUUGGACAUAUGCUGCCACCUACCCGGAAGUGUUGAACUAGGCUAACUGUUCGUGAAUUAUGAACUUGUUCAGGGGCUCAAAUCAUGCUGCAUCUUACAGCAAAUUCAGACCCUCUUAUCCUGCCGAAUUACUCAAGACCAUUCUUGACUUCCUUGGGGAGAAGCAUCCUCCUCCCUACAGACAUGCAGUAGACGUUGGAUGUGGAACGGGGCAGAGCACCCAGUAUCUGGCGGGGUCGUUCCAGCAGGUGACGGGGGCAGACGUCAGUGAGGCGCAGAUAGAAGAGGCCAAUAAGAAUGAGAAGAUAUCGAAUGUGACUUACAAGGUUGGAAUGGACUCCAGCAUUCCGUGUGAUGAUAACUCGGUUGACCUCGUCACAGCAGCACAGGCGGCCCAUUGGUUCGACUUCGAUAAGUUCUAUGCGGAAGUGGACCGAAUACUCCGACCAAAUGGUUGUCUUGCUAUCUAUGGAUACACCGUGCCAAGUAUUGUUUAUGGAGACAAGACAGAGGCUGCAUCACAACUCUUGGCUGAGUUCCAGACAAACUUAUACCGGAGAGAAGACGGGUGUGCCAGUGAUGAAAGACGCUCUAUUCACUAUAACAGAUUUAGGUGUCAAAAAGAACCAUAUUCUGAAAAUAUGAGGGUGGAUUCUCUACACUUUGAAUUGCCUGUGACGGUGGAUUGGAUCAUUGGCUAUCUGACGAGUUGGUCAAGUUACCAGACCUACCUGAAGAAGAACCCAACCGACUUAGAUUUCCUCACACGACAAUUCAAAGACAAGUUAUUGACAGCCCUAGGUGACCCAGAAAUGGGCAGUAACACUCCGGUGACAAUGAGGUAUCCAGUCUUCCUUCUGAUGUCGAGAAAACCAGAUGAAGGCUGAAAACAGUGCGAGCUCAGAAUAUAUGUGUUUGGGACAAUCAGGAACAUUGACUUAAAUUCUUGGUCAGUCAUUUUUGUUUUGACCCUCCAGUAAUUACAGUGGGUAAUUUCACAUUCCUUUCAUGCCGUUACAAAUUCAAUACAUGUAAAUCGUGCUCUGAAAGUUGAUUUCCGGCGUCAGCAUUAAAGGCCUACGUCGUUGGUUAAAAAUUCAAAAUCUGCAAUUGAAUUUGAAAAUUUCUAAUGGGAUGAACACAUACUGAUCAACAUUAACAUUGUGUAGACAUCAUACAAAUACUAUGAAUACCAAGUUUCAGCAAAUUUGCAAGCAUGAUAACUUCACUAUGGCAUUGUGUACAGCUGCAUUUCUAUUUUCCUGGACCACCAGUUAUUACGAACAGCGUACCCCUUGAAUGUUGGCGUCAAGUCCUAACGCUCCAAUGUAAUUUACUAAAUGAGAGAAGGCCUUGAGGAGAUAACUUAGUAAGUUGUCUGUAACCCUAGUUUAACAACUGUGUCCAAUUGCAUAUCACUUCUUGAACAUUGUUUCAUUCCUUUUAGGAGAACUGAUCACAAGGAAAUAAGAGAUCGAUAGCCCACUCGACUGACAAAUACACACACACUGACAGUAGAGGUGUGUUCAUCAGUCGAGUGGGGGAGCCAUUGACCUCUUACUUCCAAGUGCCUGUGAACUGAUUGCCAAGAUAGGGGAUGGUAUUGAUCACAUAAACAAGUCCAUGAUGUGUGUACCAACCAGUGUUAAACCUAUAUGCUAGACCUGUGUAGUUUCCUCAGGAAAUAUGCUGUUAUUGUACGAAAUGUUGGUGCUAUUACAUGUAUUAAUGGGAAUAAAUGAUUAAAGUAUAA